AAUAACUGCAAUGCUAAUGUAUUUUCAUUAAUUAUUCAAUUACAACUUUAGUGACCAUAUUUAUUUGUAUAAAUAGCAUUGCGGCCACAGUUUGUGUCAUUUCUUGCACUUGCUCUCUCUCUCUCCAAAAUUCACAUUCUGAUGGCCAAGAAAUUUCCCAAGAUGGAAGCAUUGGUGGAGAAGGAGCACCAAUUUAACAACAAUUCGUGGGGAAAUUUACCAAACGAGGUUGUUUCACGUACUAUUAUGAAUAUUCAGUUAUCGGAGUUUUCUAAAGAAAGCAUUGUAAGAAAACUCCAUGCACAUUCUUUUCUUCCAACAUACAACAAUGAAUCCCCAAAUUGGCAAGUGGGAGAAAGCUCCAAAUUCCCAAAUCUACCCUUGUUCGCACACGAACACUUCGAUCCAUCGACGGGGGCAGAAGCGUCUUUUCAGACGACGAAGCCCGGAAGCCCUCUAAUAUUCUCCAAGGGGUUCAGUGAUUACUGGCUGAGCACCACCAAAACGCAACCGAUGAAAUCCUCAGCCAGGAAAACGACGUCGUCGCAAGGCAGCAAGCUCUUCAGAGGCGUGCGGCAGCGCCACUGGGGGAAAUGGGUUGCCGAGAUACGCCUGCCGCGCAACCGGACGCGCGUCUGGCUCGGCACCUUCGACACGGCGGAGGAGGCCGCCUUCGCCUACGACACGGCGGCCUAUCUCUUGAGAGGCGACUACGCGCACCUCAAUUUCCCGCAUCUCAAGCACAAGAUCAAGGCUAAUUCCCUCUGCAACAACACCGUCGCCCUGCUCGAGGCCAAGCUCAAGGCCGUCGCGCAGGCGCAGAAGCAGUCGAGAUCGGAGGAAGAGAUCAACGCCAAAGCGGCUGAGAGAGUUGGAGAGGAAGUAAUCGAGAUGAAGAAAAGCAGCGGCGAAUCGAUUGGGAUUAAUGGAGAAGGUGAUGCAGUUCAUCAGUUGAGCAGAGUGCCUUCUCUGGAUAUGGAUAUGAUUUGGGAUGCCUUGUUAGUCUCAGAUUUAUGAGAAUACUAAGUUCUAGUAUUUUUUUUCUUUUUAUGUUUUUUCAAGUUUUAUAAGAGUUUCUCUGCAAUGUUGUUGAUUUCUCGAUAAUAUAUAGUAAUACUAUUUUACUUUCUUGAUGCUA